AUGGACAGUCUGGUCGAUGCUCGCAAGGUGCCCUGCGUCAACAAGAGUUUCGGCUGCAAGAGGUAUGUCGACGAGCACUCGGUGGCGGAGCAUAGGUCCAAAUGCGCGCACGCGCCCUGCUACUGCUAUGAGUGCAUGCCGCCGUUUGAGGGCUCGCCGGUGAGCCUCGUGCAUCACCUCACAGGACUGUCCGGCAAUCACUCCUGGCCCAUGGUGAACAUCAAGUACGAGAUGUGCUACCCAUUCGCCGUGCCAGAGUCGCUGGAGGAUCACUGUUGUCUGCUAGUCACAGAGGAGGACGGCAGCGUCUUCCUGUUGGCCGUGGGCACUGGCAAGGCCUGCGCAGGCCGCCACCCCGUCUCUGUCAUGUGCGUCAGGUGCAACGCUGCUGACGCUGACACGAGGCUGAUGUACAGGUGCGUGCUCACUGUUGCUUCCCCUCCGGCGUACGAGGGUAACCUCGGCACCUCCCUCACGUUGAAUGAGACUGUGGUGAGCUGCUCCAUUCCCGGCAAUGUGGACAUGGAAGAGGGCUAG